CGCAUAAUUAAGGAUCCAAACAAAGGGCUGAUGUCUUUUAUUAGUACGGCAGCAGUCAUCAUAAGAACCCAUUCUAAAACCCAGAAAAAACCUCUUCAGGCAACGUUUCAAGGAUAAGGAACAAAGAAGCUGAAGUAGAAAUGGCUUCAUUGACUAAAGCUCUUGUUCCCUUAAACCUCUUCUUUUCUUCCGAUUCUCGUCCCCCUCCUUUGUUUAAUUUUGCUUCUUAUUCUUCUUCUUCUUCGCCUUCUCCUCCCAUAAUCAAUGCACUUGUUGUGGGCUCAGGUUUCUCUGCAACCACUCACUUAACCAUUAUUCAACGAACACAGUCUUACUUAUACCCUUCAAUCAGCAAAAAGACCAGGAGAAAACAAAUUUGCAGAGCGGCUGAAUACAAAUUUCCAGACCCAAUUCCCGAAUUCGCAGAUGCCGAGACAGAGAAAUUUAGGACCCAUCUCCAUAAGAAGCUCUCGAAGAAGGACAUCUAUGGAGAUUCACUUGAAGAGGUGGUUGGAAUCUGCACUGAGAUACUGCAUACGUUCUUGCACACAGAGUAUGGCGGUCCUGGAACACUCUUAGUCAUACCUUUCAUUGACAUGGCUGAUACCAUAAACGAGCGAGGUUUGCCUGGAGGACCACAAGCUGCACAUGCAGCAGUAAAAUGGGCCCAAGAUCAUGUUGACAAGGACUGGAAAGAAUGGACUGGAGGUGAUAGUAAUUGACAGAAUACUCCCUGAUCAUCGAUUCAGUGCAAGAUUCUGUUUGACUGUUGUAAUGUUAGUUGAAAAAAGAUCAUCAAGCAAUUCUGAUUUGUCUCUGAAGGAAGUGUUGAUGAAAAAAAAAACUGAAAUUUGAGCAUGUUUUGUGGACUGGAGGGAAUUGUGUAUGUACUAGUGUACCAAUCAUGAGAAUAUAUAAUGUCAUCUCAUUUAAUGGAUUAGAAGCAGCUAGAUCAAAAGGCUAAGCUGUUCAAUUUUUGCUGGAAAUGUUGCACAAGUUGAUUGUC